CAUCUGCACACAAUGCUGCACCCCAAAGUGGGGCACUCAAAAUUCUUUUGACUAUAGGUCACUGGCGUAAACAGGCACACAGUUGUCUUCUGAAUUAAAACUCUACAUUUUUAGUUUUAGUUUUUUGUUUAAAAGUUGGAUAUUUUCUGUGAGUUGGCAUGAAGCCAGCCGUGGCUCUGCUGGGCCUCGUCCUCCUGCUGGACACCACCUUUGCUGCAGAGGAGUCCUGUGAGGGUCGCUGUGGCUCCUUCGACCCGCAGAGGAAAUGCCAGUGUGACUCCAUGUGUGUGUACUAUGGAAGUUGCUGUGGGGACUUUGAUGCCAUCUGCCCUAAAAAAAUUGGUCGUGGCGAUACCUUCGAGGAAGCAGAUGAAGUAACAGAAGCACCAACGACUGUUGCCGAGAGCACACCAACGACUCUCCCACCAACUGUCAACACAGUUCCAGCAUCCAUCCCUGCCUCUCCCCUACCCACCACCACAUCUGGAGACCCUGACGCAGUGGCCUGCAGCGGCAAACCUUUUAAUGCUUUUCUGCAGCUGAAGAAUGGGUCCAUAUAUGCAUUUAGAGGUGAAUAUUUCUUUGAGUUGGAUGACAAGUCCAUACUUCCCGGUUACCCAAAACUCAUCCAGGAUGUUUGGGGCAUGUCUGGACCCAUAGAUGCUGCAUUCACACGCAUCAACUGCCAGGGAAAAACCUACAUCUUUAAGGGGAACCAGUACUGGCGGUUUGACGGCGAUGUCAUGGAUAAAGACUAUCCUAGGGACAUUUCAGUCGGCUUUGAUGGCAUACCAGAUGACGUUGAUGCCUCGUUUGCCAUACCAGCAUCAAGUCACCGUGGCAAAGAGAAAGUCUACUUUUUCAAAGGGGACAAGUAUUACCAGUAUGAAUUUAAAUACCAGCCUUCCCAUGAGGAGUGUGUCCGCAUGAGCAGGUCCUCCCCGUCUGUGCUGUUCACACGAUACACGGACCUCUUCUGCGAUCAGACAUUGGAGGAUUUCUUCAGAGAGCUCUUUGGAAGCUCCUUCAGUAGUCACCAGACAGGCCCUCGUUUCACCAGUAGGGACUGGCAGGGCAUCAGGCCCGCUGUAGAUGCUGCCAUGGUGGGACGAGUCUACCUCAGUCCCAAGCCCACUCCAUCUUCUCCUCCACCAGCAAGGAGGCGCAGCAGUCGGAGGAGGAGGCCCAGCAAGAAGCGUGCACAGCAAAGAAGGCAGAGUCGCCACGUGUUGUUUGAUGACUUGUGGGGUUAUGACAAUUGGUUUGACUACAGCGACAUCUUUGAUGAGAGCCCCACACAGGAGUACAAAAGCAUCCCUGUUCAAAAUGUGUAUUUUUUCAAGAGAGAUAAAUACUACAGAGUGGAUCUGCAGACAAAACGUGUGGUCUCUGUGAACCCUCCUUACCCACGAUCCAUUGCGAAAUACUGGCUGGGCUGCAAGAGUGAAGAGACAACUGAUGCAUCAAGGGCAGAGAAAAGAUAGGUCAGCUGAGCCCAUAAGAAGAAAAAUCACUCUGUGUUUCAGACACACCACUUGACAAGUCUUAAAGUAUUCCUAAUUACAAAAUGAACUUAUAA